AUGUUGGCAACUGAAAGGGUGGCUGAGGACCCACAAAGGCAUAAUUUUUUUCGAACUCGUUGCAAGGUGAAUCAGCAUGUGAUUGAGUUGAUAAUUGAUAGCGGUAGUCAAGAGAAUUUGAUACAUCAAGAAACAAUAGAUAGCGUGAAGUUGCAGACACAGAAGCACCCUUCCCCUUACAAAGUCGGAUGGAUUAUAUCUAUGAGUUAUAUCAAGGUCACCGAACAGAGCAUAGUUAGCUUCUCUAUUGGCAGGUACAAGGAUACAGCUAUUUAUGAUAUUGUUGAUAUGGAUGCAUGUCAGUUAAUGUUUGGGAGACCGUGUGUUCCUAAAAUUAACAGAAAAUCUGCAGUAUCGUUAUAUGCCGCAAGGGAGUUUCAGAAGGAGUCUUUGCACGUCCCGUUUGUGUUUGCAGUAGUGAAUAAGGGAUUAACUGAUUCUACACAUGACAUUCCAGAACAGUUAACUUCCCUUUUGAAGGAGUUUCGUGACAUCAUGCCUGAAGAGUUUCCUGCUAGAUUGUCUCUACUUCGAAAUAUUCAAUAUCAUAUUGACCUCGUACCUGGAUCCCCUCUUCCUAAUCUUCCUCAUUACAGGAUGAGCCCAACCGAACACGAGAUAUUGUGGGAGCAGGUGCAUGAUUUAUUGCAGAAGGAGCACCUUAGCGAGAGCAUGAGCCCAUGCGUAGUGCCAGCCCUCAUGGUGCCUAAGAAGGACGGGACUUGGCAAAUGUGUGUUGACAGUCAGGCUAUCAAUAAAAUACACAUGAUGUGGGAAAGAAUAAUAUACGAAUUUGAUUCAGAAGAAGUCCUAGUCGAGGAGUUAAAAGAACAAAUGGAGAAAAUCAAUGCUAAGUACAAUGCAGAUUGGGAGGCGAUAUUCAUGCACAAUGGUAGACUGGCAGAUAUUCAUGCACAAUGGUAG